AUGUUGCUUGCAAACGAUGAGCAAAAUUCUCGUCCUCGAGGAUCGUUUGCAGGAUCGAAAGCGCGGAGGCAGUUGUUUGCGUUACAGCCGGGUCCGUAUUCGAGCGCUGGGAAACUGGUCACCGUUGAUGUGAAGAGGGUUGUUUGGUUUCCGAAUGUCGAUAAAGUUGUGAGAGAGACUCCACCAGUCAGAGUGGUCGAAGUGCUGAAUAUAGUACUAGAUGUAUUGGUGAAUGGUGGGCCAGUUGUGGUACUGAAUGUGGAUGUGGUAUCCGUAAAAGUAGUCGUGUUAAGAGGAGCGGACGUAGUAAUGGAGGAGGUGUCAGAGGAUUCGGCUAAGGAGGUACUUGACAAACUCGUAGUGGACGUUUCCGUAGAUGAUAUAGAGGAAGUAGUAGACAGCUCGGAAGAGUUUGUUAAUGAGGUGCUUGAGAGAGUCGUAGUUGAAGUUUCUGUAAACGAUGUGGUAGAUAUAGUGGAUGUAGUAGUGGAUGUUUCUGAUGAAAUGGUUGCUGAUGCACUUGAGGAGCUUGAGGUUGAUGUUUCUGUAGAGGAUGUAGUCAACGCAGUGGAUGUCUCCGAUGAGUUCGCUAGUGAUGUGCUUGACAGGCUCGUGGUCGACGGAUCCGCUGAGGAUGUAGUUGAUAUAGUAGUAGAGGUUUCGGAUGAAUUUGUCAAGGAGGUGCUUGAGACGCUUGUUGUUGGUGCUUCUGUAGUAGAUGUAUUUGAGAAAAACGUGAAGGAUAUCGGAGUCCCGGUUGUGAUACUGGAAGUAGUUGAGUUGCUGCCCUCAGUAGAAGUAGUAGUAGUUGCUGUUGCAUCAAUGCCUGAAUUCGAAGUCACUAAGCUAGUAGGAAAGGAACUCGUCGUAUUGCUAGUUGCAGUGGCAUUGGGAAAUCCUGUUGAACUGCUCGAUGUAGUAUCUAGCGUGAACGUCGUAGAGGAAGAAGUCGUAGUAAGAGUAGUUGUAGAGGAAUUGAAGAAUCCAGAGGUUGUACUGCUCGUUGUGGUAUCCAAUGUGAACGACGUUAAAUAUGAGCUACUAGAUAAACUAGAAGAUAGGCUAGAACUAAGACUCGUCGAUAUACUUGAAGAGAGGCUACUGGAUAAACUGCUUGAUAUACUGGAAAAGCAACUUGCGGGGCAAGGUGAUGUUGCGGAAGACUGA